CCCGCGCUGAAGCCGGCCCGGGCUCAGCAGCCGCCGCCGUAUGUCGGGCGCCGGGGCUCGGAGCCGCAGCCGGCGGCUGCCCGACAUGGAGCCGGGGCAGCGCAGCCUGGAUGCGGAGCAGAUGCAGCAGCAGCAGCAGUUGAAACUACGGGAGCGGCAGAAAUUCUUUGAGGAGGUUUUCCAGCAUGAAGUGGAUUUCUUCUUCCCCGUGUCUCACCUGCAGCUGGAGCAUCGGAGACCCCCCUUGGGGAGCAUUUCCUCCAUGGAGGUGAAUGUGGACGUGCUGGAGCAGAUGGACAUGAUGGACCUGUCAGACCAGGACACUGUGGAUGUGUUUCUGGCCUGUGGGACAGAGGAGAGCAGCGUUUCUGAGCCCCUGACAGGAGCAGAUGCCAGCCAGUGCCAAGAGGAAAUCACCCUGCAAGUGCCCAAUGCAGCUGAGACCAAGUCACGCAUUUCUUCCACGUCCUCUGUCUCCACGGAUCCCAACAGCCUGGACACCAGCGAGGAGGGGGCUGAGACCCCCGUGGUGCAGUCAGAUGAGGAGGAGCUGCAGGAGGACAGUCCUAAAGAGCUAGCAAGAAGCUAGCAGCCAGCUCUGCUCUGCUCCCAGCCUCUUCUGGAUGGACCUGCCAGCCUGGAGGAAGGAAAGCUGCUGGCACUCAGUAAACCCCAUCCUGGACUGCUGCCUUGCAGGAGAGGAGAGAGAGUUUUCCCCUCCUCUCCCUCUGCAGGUUUUCCUGGCAUCCAAGGGAGAAGCAAAUGGGUAUUGUAGGCUCCCAAAAUUAACUCUUCAGGCUUUGCUGCUAACACUCCCUUGCUUCAUUCCCCUCAAAUGCUCAGCAUCCCACAGCCCCACCAUUCCCAGAAACCAUCCCUUGGGAUCCCAGCUCCCAUUGUCCCACUGACAAACACCCUAUCCAGACAAGCAUUUAACAAAGGCAUACAGAGAAAUAACACUCCUAUCUAACCAA